AUGACACCACGUCUCGUUUCAACGGUGGGUGAGAUUGUGUUUGGGAGAUAUAAACUGGAUCCUCGUGCAUUAGAGGUAGGAGAAAAUGACUUUCUUGCCGUGAUGAGCUUAGGAGGGGUGGAAGUCAAGUGCUGCUACAAACCAUCUUCCCAAUGGGGUUUCCUCACUGGACUCUGCGGGAAACAUGAUAAAUGCCCUGCAUGGCGCUUAGUCAUGGACCUCGAGAUUCAGCAAGUCUUUGGCAAGCUUGACUACGCUGCGCUGAGUGUAGGUUUCAAGUCGAGCGCUCAAGGUAACCAGCCCCAGCACGGUAUCGUGGUGACUGAUGAUUACGGACCUCGAAGGGACAACAGCCAUACUUGGCAAUUCAACGCCUCGACGUCUGCCAGUGGGGAGGAAGGCGACACCCUACGUAGGUGCAUAACAUGGAUGGUCAAGGAGGCCAGGGAUUCACAGGAAUCGCACCUCUCGCUUUCUUGGGAGCUUUGGGUGACGGUGAGACACGAUGGAGACGACCUUUUCAUUAUCAGUCCGGAUGUCUCUGGUCGACUACAGGGGCUCGAUAGAAUAUGGGCUUUUUGGCCGAAGGGACCGAUUCAGCCGAGGACUGUCCAACCGCGCGGAAACGAAGGAACGGAGCUGAAUUGUUACAGGCCGACUGUGACACCGGUUUCGUUACAGAAAAGCCAUGGUAAUCAGACGGCGGCGCUUACGACUGAGCUUGAGAUGGCACUUGAGCAUUCAGGCCUCUCGGGAUCUCUCUUUGACUCCCAGUCCGUCCUUCAACCUCCUGGAUCAAAUGUUUCAGCGGAAAGAUGGCUCGACAAAUUGAACACAACAGUCGGCCCUCGAAUACGUGAGCGUCGACGACAAGGAGACCCGGCGGUAAAAGUUGCCAUUCUUGACACUGGGAUUGAUCGCGAACAUCCGGGAAUCGAAGAAAAUCGGAGAAAGAACUGCUCCAACAUACGGGAUUGCCGAGAUUGGACGGAAUCUCCUUAUGGUAUCGAGGAUCGUGUGGGCCAUGGUACUGCAGUGUGUGACAUCCUUCUGCAAAUUGCGAAAGUAGACCUGUUUGUCGGGAAGGUGUCAGAUCGAGCAGAUUUUGAUGACGGAACACCGACAAGAGUCGCCGAGGCGAUUAAACAUGCUGCUUCGAAAACAGGGUGGGACGUUGAUAUCAUUGUGCUAUCGCUCGGGUUUGACCGGCAAGUUAACGCGAUUCGUUGUGCGAUCCAGGAUGCCUUCAGCCUGGACAAGAUCGUGUUAGCCGCUGCGUCGAAUUCGGGCUCCUUGAGUCUUGAAAAGCGAGUGACUCAUCCUGCCAACAUCCAAGGGCAAGUCCUCAGUAUUCGAUCUGCUACAGGCUUUGGCUCAAGAUCUCCUGCUUCACCCAUGCGCUCAGAUGGCGACGAUAACUUCAUGAUCCUGGGUGAAGGAAUAAAAGCAGCAUGGCCACCGCACCUAAACGAAUCGGCCUGUGAAACUCGCUAUGUUUCGGGGAGCUCCUUUGCAACGCCGGUGGCCGCAGGUAUUGCGGCUCUUGUCCUAGAGUUUUCGACGCAGCGAGGCAGAAAUGGGCCUAACGUAUCUCCGCAACAUAAGACGGUCCUGUGGUCCUACCGCGGAAUCCGGAGGAUUUUCCUCUAUAUGUCAACCAUAGACGAUCAGAGCGUGAACAUUGAUUGCCGCAUGAUUGCGCCUUGGAAACUCUUCAAUCAUGAACGAGCCUAUGAGGGGUUUAGAUACGAGAUUGAGAUGUUGAUGAACUCGACUUGA